AUGCAUUUCCUCCUUGUCGCAACAGCCUUCAGCUUGCCAUUUGCUAUGGCUUCUCCAACCCAACCCGGCAGCCUGUUCGCAAGGGACAAGCCCAAGUUGAACCAAUACCGGACCCUGGAUGACUGCAAAAACGAUCGUGAUAUAUUAUACCACGCGGCCCCCGUCCUCGGGAACUGUUAUGACCUCGACGGCCAGACUGGCGCUUUCUUCUACAAUACCGCUGGCUUUCUCCACGCCACUGCUAAUAAGGAUAUCGGAUGCAAUGGCGAUUCGAUUCAUAUCAAAGGUGGAGAGUGCAUGGAGAAGGGGGACUUCAAGUCUGUCGUUUUCCAGUGA